UUUUUAUCAGUGUCAGAAAAAAUAAUGGAUCUCAAUAUACUGCAGUUGCUACUGUUUCUGUGCAUGAAAAUAUUGGUUUCUGGAGUCGGGGCCGCUGCUGAAGUUAGGUGCAUAGAGAGGGAGAAACAAGCUCUUCUCAAGUUUUUAGGUGAUCUUAGUGGGUUAACGUGGGGAAGUGAAGAAAAUAAAGGGGAAUGCUGCGAUUGGGAUGGUGUGGAAUGUACCGACACUGGUCAUGUAGUCUCGAUCAAUCCAUUGACUAAGCUUUUAAGAGGUAAGAUAAGUCCAGCAUUGCGAGAGUUAAAGCAUUUGCAGUCUUUGUCCCUCCAUAGCGAUAAUUUGGCAACCGAUAAUCUUGAUUGGCUUUCCGAUCUUUCUUCUUUAUAUGAUCUCAACUUGAGCGGUUGUAACCUAAGAAAUGUAACCAACUGGGUACAGCCAAUAUCAAAACUCUCUUCACUCAAGGAAUUGUACUUGUCAGGUUGUCAACUCCAUGACUCUCUGUCUACAUUUGAUGUCUUUGCAAAUUCUACUUUGUCGGACCUUUCUUCUCUUGAUCUAUCCUACAAUAAUCUCACUUCCAUUUCCACAUUUGACUCAAUGUUUAACUUUAGUAGAAGUCUUGAGCAAGUAGACCUCUCCUAUAAUCAGUUAGACGGUCAUAUCCCUCAUACUUUCUUAGAAUUACGUUCUCUUCGGGAUCUUAAUUUGAGAGGUAAUUUACUUCGAGGGGUUCACAAACCUUUGGAAAAUUUUAGUCAUUUGCAGUCAGUAGAUAUAUCAUUCAAUAAACUAAAUGUACCGCUUCCUCAUUUAUUUGAAAACCUAUCAGAGAUAAUAUCACUGCAGCGUAUAGAUUUAUCCAACAAUCAACUUGUUGGUUCCUUGCCAGACAUCAGCAGAUUUUCAUCUUUAGAGAAUUUUUACCUUAGUAACAAUCAAUUGGAAGGGGUCCAACCACAAAGCCUUGAUCAACCUUCAAGUCUUAAAUUUUUAGACUUAUCUUACAAUCAAAUUUCAGGAUCACUGUUGGACUUUGGAGGAUUUUCGUCAUUGUACGAAUUAGAUCUCUCCGGAAAUCAAUUGAAAAAGCUACCCAAAGCUAUGGAGCAACUUUACAAUAUCACAUAUUUAAAUCUCUCUUCAACUUCGUUGGAAGGUACAGUUACCGAACAUCACAUUUCAAACCUUACCCGCCUAAGACACCUUGAUUUAUCUUUCAACAAUGUGUCUUUCAACUCGAGAUUUGAUUGGAUUCCUACCUUCCAAUUGGAACAGCUAAGCCUCAGUCAUUGUAAUAUAGGGCCUUAUUUUCCAAAUUGGAUUCGAAAACAGAAUUCUCUUGAGAAUCUCUAUCUCUCUUUUGCUGGUAUAUCCAACACAAUACCUGAUUGGUUGUGGAAUAUGUCUUCCAUACAACAUUUAGAUCUCUCUCAUAAUAAUAUCAGUGGCAGGAUUCCCCAUUCGCCCACAAAUUUGGAUUUUGUAGAUUUAAGUUAUAAUAAUCUUUCUGGCCCAAUUCCAUUGUCAGUUUUUCAAAAUUCAAGCGCGUUGAUACUUUCCGAAAACCUGUUAUCGGGAUCCAUAUUCAACUUAUGCACAAUUUCUGAGAAGUUCUUCAUUCACACCCUUAUUCUCCCAAACAAUGAAUUAGACGGAGAGCUUCCUAAUUGCUGGAUGAACUUUUAUUCCCUAGUAUAUCUCAAUUUGGCAAAUAAUAAGUUCUCAGGUAAACUUCCCCCCACUUUAGGCACUCUGACGUCACUUACAAUAUUGCAUUUGGGCAACAAUAAUUUCAUUGGUGAAUUGCCUUCCUCUUUGAAGAAUUGCAAAGCGUUGAGAAAGUUAGAUGUGGGAGGAAACAAGUUAACAGGUACAAUUCCAUCGUGGAUAGGAACACACCUAAUAUUUUUGGAGGUCCUUAGCCUUCGAUUUAAUAGUUUUCAUGGAUCCAUUCCUCCAACAAUUUGUUACCUUAUCAAUAUUCACGUCUUGGACCUUUCUAGGAACAUCAUUUCGGGAAAAAUUCCACGAUGCUUAAACAAUUUUACUUUUUUGGUCUUGAAUGAUGGUUCAUCAAUUCUCAGUGAUGAUCGCUCUUGGAAUUUCAAUUGGGAACCAGAGGAUGAAGAUGAUAAUGCUUUGGUUCAAUGGAAAAGACAAGAGUCAGAAUAUAAAAGACUAAGAAAUUUGAAAGGCAUCGAUCUUUCUAGCAAUAAGUUAGUUGGAACUAUUCCUCAAGCAUUUUUUGAUUUGAGAGGUUUAGUUUUCAUCAACUUAUCAAGAAACCAUUUAACCGGGAAUAUUAUUUCAAGCAUUGGUCAAUUGGACACAUUGGAAUGGCUUGACCUGUCUAGGAACCAACUUUCUGGGGAGAUUCCAAAUAGCCUUGCAAAUUUACAUUUUCUCAGUGUUUUGGACUUAUCAUACAAUAAUUUGAUUGGCAAGAUUCCACGAGGCACUCAACUACAGAGCUUCGACUCAUCGACGUAUGUUGGGAAUAGUCAACUCUGCGGAGAUCCAUUGGUGGAGUGUCCUCAUUACCCUUCGGUGAAUGAUCAUGGCAAGAUAAAUGUUGUUGAAGAAGAUGAUAGGUUUAUAAAUAGAGAUUUUUAUAUCUGCAUGGUAUUUGGUUUCAUCACUGGGUUCUGGAUAGUUAUUGGCACUUUAAUCCUCAAGCAUUCAUGGAGGCAUUCCUAUUUCAAAUUUUUGAAUGAUAUUGGAGAUUGGAUGUAUGUGACUACAACAAUCUAUGUGACAAGAUUAAAGAGAAAAUUUAUGUCCUAAAGGUGCCUCUUUUUGGAAAAAAUCAAUGGUUGGAGUAGUGCACGGGCUAUGAGCGAUGUUGUUAUUUAAUUUAAUUGACAACGUUAUCAUGUUUUCUGUAUAUUUGCAGAAAUAAAAUCAGUUUGUGAGUUCCAGUUGUUUUGUUGUAAAAUAGUUACUUUAAUUAUUGAAAAUAAAUAAAUAAAAAUUUCUAAUUGA